AUGACAGAGAAAACAAAAAGCGAGGGGAUGAGUGGACUUGACAAAUUCAAUUUGCUUGAUGAUGGGACGACAAAUCACAAAGAAAACCUGAUCCUUCACUUUGUCCCAAAAAUUCGCGACCCACUGCUAUUAAACGUUGCUACAGGAUUUUGGACAAGAUUAAAUCCAACCCAUGAGUCUAUGACCCCCUCCCUACCAGACUGUUUAAUUCAAUAUGAAAUCAGAUGUAUUGAUAGGGAAACGUCUUGGAAGGUUUUGAGAGGAGUCAACACUGGUUCAUUGCAACAUCCAUGGUCCUACUUUAUUCUGUUGCGAUGA